AGCUCCACAGCCUGGAUGUGUGUAUGUGUGUGCGGAGCAGUUACCUCCAUAGUGAGAGUGUCGCUAACCACUGGAUUGUUAAAACGACAAGCUAAAGUCAUCCUCGCGAGGAAAACCACACGCGGACCCGCUCUCGAGGAUCAGUUUCUGGGUCUCUCCCCACCUCCCGGUCCAGGUUGAAGCGGUGCAGCCGGUCCAGAAGCGAGCAUUAUGCAUUCAGACUGCAGGCUGCUAUGGGCAGAGCGGUAAUGGUGGGCAGGGGACCGACAGGGGCCGGGGUUCUCGUCCUGUCGAUUCUCAUCAUCCUCACCACGGAGGGCUGCGGAGCGCAGAAAGGUGAUGGCUGUGGCCCCAGUGUACUUGGCCCCAGCAGUGGGACUCUGUCCUCUCUGGGUUACCCGGGGACAUACCCGAACAACACGGUGUGUGAGUGGGAGAUCAGCGUGCCCCGUGGCAAGAGGGUCCACUUCCGCUUCGCCGAGCUGGACAUAGAAGACAGCGACUGCCAGGUCAACUACCUCCGCCUCUACAACGGCAUCGGACCCGACAGGAGUGAGAUUGUGAAGUACUGCGGUUUGGGUCUGAAGGUCAAAGAGCUGAUUGAGUCCACUGGCAACCAGGUCACUGUCCAGUUCAUGAGUGGGACCCACCACACCGGACAUGGAUUCUACCUGUCUUACUCCACCACCGAACACACAGAUUUAAUCACCUGCCUGGACAAAGGGACUGAUUUCCCCGAGGCAGAGUUCAGUAAAUACUGUCCUGCAGGCUGCCUGACAUCCACUGAGGACAUUUCUGGAACUAUACCUAAUGGAUACAGAGAGUCGUCUCCUGUCUGUGUGGCGGCCGUCCAUGCAGGUGUGGUGUCCAACGCUGUGGGAGGGAGGAUCAGCGUGGUCAGCAGCAAAGGCAUCCCUCACUACGAGGCCACAGUGGCUAACAACGUCACUUCCACUGGAGGAACUUUGUCCAACAGCCUCUUCACCUUCAGGACCAACGGCUGCUACGGGACGCUGGGUUUAGAGUCUAGUGUUGUUGCGGACACUCAGCUGUCUGCUUCGUCCGUGUGGGAGUGGAACAACAACAUCGGUCAGCACAGUGUGUGGGCGCCAUCAGGGGCACGGCUCAAGAAGGCGGGGCUGCCCUGGGCGUCUUUUCAGAAUGACCAGCAUCAGUGGCUGCAGGUCGAUCUCAAAAGGGAGAAGAGGAUCACAGGUAUCAUCACAACUGGCUCCACCUUAAGAGCAUACCAGUACUAUGUUUCAGCAUACCGGAUCCUGUACAGUAACAAUGGCAAGCAGUGGCACAUCUACAGGGAAGCAAACUCUACACAAGACAAGAUUUUCCAAGGCAACAUCAACUACCUGCACGAGGUGAGGAAUAAUUUCAUUCCUCCGAUCGAGGCGCGGUUUGUGAGGAUAAAUCCGACCCAAUGGCACCAGAGAAUCGCGGUCAAGUUGGAGCUGCUUGGCUGCCAGUUACCUGCAGGUAGGCAGAGGUGGUUGAUUUGUACAUCAACAAAGAAAUUUUUUAAGUUCCAAAUCAAUUCUAAAUUUUCUGUCCUGAAUUUUAUUUCGACAGCGAGGCCGAGGACGAGGAUGGUGCCACCUUCUCGUCAUACUCCACCUCCUGCGGGUACAAAACGCCCACCUCACCUUGGCCAAACCACGCACACCCCAGACAUCAGAAACACCACUAUGCCUCCUCACACCGGCAAAGAUGUGGCUCUAGCAGCGGUCCUGGUGCCUGUCUUGGUCAUGGUUCUGACUGCUCUCAUCCUGAUCGUGGUUUGCGCAUGGCACUGGAGGAACAGGAAAAAGAGCUCAGAAGGAACAUAUGAUCUUCCUCACUGGGACCGCACAGACUGGUGGAAAAGCAUGAAGCAGCUGUUGCCUUCCAAGAUGGUGGAGACGGAGGACUCAGUUCGGUACAGCAGCAGUGAGGUGGGCCGGCUGACGGGGAGAGGCGCAGUACCAAGACUACAUGCUGAACCUGCAGAAUAUGCUCAGCCCCUGGUGAGUGGCGUUACAACACUAGGUGCCCGGUCAACCUUUAAACCAGACGAGGGACCCGACCCAGGAUACUCAGACCCCGACCUGUACGACGCUCCCAUCUCACCUGACGUGUACCAUGCCUACGCAGAACCCUUACCAGCCUCGGGAUCUGAAUACGCCACACCCAUCGUGGUCGAUAUGGGUUGCCACCCAUCAGGGGGCUCCACUUUGAACCAGCCCUCCACAGUGUGCAGUUUCAUGGGCGCCGGGCCGGCCUCCCUGCUCACACGGACAGACAGCAGCCAUUCGGGGAGGUCGGCUUACGACACACCCAAGAAUGCCACUGGACAGGUCACACCCACUGAGGAUCUGACCUAUCAGGUACCUCAGAGUAGCACUCAGAAGCCAAUGGGAAAGAGCUGAAGAGUCUGGAUGCACAUAGCCUUAAUCUGCCCCUCACUGCCAACACGACCCACUGAACACAGAUGGAGGGUUGUUUACGGAGGAGGAGGUGUGAACCUGUGAGCCCUGGAGCCCGGGCUCAAGUCUUGAAUGAACACUACCUUAGCUUUAGAUUCAUCUGGAGAUGUCUGUAUUGCCUAAAUGUUUCUGCAUGGCCACAAUCUGCUUGUGUAGUGCCAUUACAGUCCUAUCACUGAAACCACAAAGAUGAAUGUGUAUGUGCCAGGUGUGAGAGACGGAGACGGAGGGAGGAUGAAAAGGAGAAAGCUGACUACUAUUUGUUUAAAGACUUUGUCCCUGUUCUGUGAUCCAUAGUCGUUCUUGUAUUCUGUGAAACUGUGAUUUCCAUUAUUCUUCUGUUACAUACUGAACCAAACCGAAAUGUACCUGAUGAUUUACGGUCAUCAAAUCUAAAAGGGUUCUCUUAAUUAAUUAGCUGCAUGUUGCAUCGAGUACUCCCACAUCCUCCUUUAUAGAGAAACUCUUCUUUUCCACGGUACGUUUUUGUCUUACUUUGUUUAAAAAGCAUGACUUGAAAUUGUGUAUAGUUCUAGUAAUUCCAUUACUGCAAACCUGUUCAAACUCUCAGAUGAUUUACUGAUAUUUAUUUUUUAUUUCACAUCCUGCUGAGGAGAAACUCUUAUUAAAAAUGGCCCACCACUACCCUCACCUAUUACCAAGCAAAGAAUCAUUGUUGCACUGUUGUGGACACCUUACUGACAUUAAAGGGAUUCUUCACCCGCUUAAGACCGUUUGUACAAUAAUUACUCCCUGCAUGUUAUAUUGAAUUCCUGAAGAAAACUUUGCUUUUCUUCCAUGCCUCCACAGUAAACGGAGAAUCCAAAAAGGCUAACAUUCUUCAUGAAUUUAGGUAAAAGGGAAAAAGCUUGUGAAAAAUAUCUGGUCACAAACUCUCCCACAAUUCUUGCAGUUUAAUCCAAGUCUCAUUUAUCCAGUCGUAUGCUCAGUACUUCCCAGACAGACAGGGAACUGAACUAAAAGUGAAUCUAUGCUCUCUUCAAAGCCAGACUCCAUUGACAGACAGUAAUUUUACCUUGCUGAACAUGGGAGCUGCUGGUCUACCGCUGCCUCAAUCCUUAGUUUGUUUAUAUAAUUGUGUGACUUGUUGAAUCCUAAGUAACUGAUAACUAAAUAAUCCUAACUAACUAAUUGCUACUGCUGAUCGAGCCAGUGGUAGCAAUGUUCUGCUGGGACACCUUUGGUCCUGGCAUUCACGUGGACAUUGUCAUAGACCAAGUACCCCCGCUCAUUGCAACAGUACCCCCGAUGGUAGUAGUCCCCCAACAAGGCAAUGCACCAUGCCCAACUUCAGAAACUGCUCAGGAAUGGUCCAAGAAACAUGACAAAGAGCUUUAGGCGUCGAUCUAGCUUUCAUAUUCCCCAGAUCCCAAUCUGAUCGAGCAUCUGUGGGACAAACCGGUACCCCAGAGGUCCUUUGUCCGGACCUUGACAGGUCAGAGUCAAGUCCGAUCUAAGGUGGAGCCUCUGACCUGUCAAGGCAUGGAAACAGGACCUCUGGGGGUGUCCUGUGUUGUCUGGCACCAGGGCAUUGUCAACAGAUCCUUUGAGUCCUGUCGGUUGCGAGGUAAGGUACCAGCACGCCCAAUGGAUUUUCUAUCGGAUUCGGAUCUUGGGGUUUUGGAGGCCAGGUUGACGCCUUGAGCUCUUAGUGACACGCCCCAGGCCAUUUCUGAGCAGUUUUUUGGUGUGGCUUGGUGCAUUGUCCUGUUUGAGGGGGGCAGACUGCCAUCAGGGAGUGCUGUUGCCAUGAGGGGGUGUAUUGGUCUGUACUGGUCUGUAUUGGUGUUUGGGUGGGUGGUGCAUGUCAAGUGGCACAAACACGAAUGCCAGGACCCAAGGUUGAUCAAUGUUAUUCACUUCACCUGUUGGUAGUUUUAAUGUUUUGGCUGAUCAGUGUAAAAUCACUGUCUUUGUCAAUGGAGACUGGCUUUGUGGAAGCCACCAUUAAGUUUAACUUUUAGUUCAGAUCCUUGUCGAAACUGACUCUGUGGAUAAAUGAGACUUGGAUUAUACUGCACGAGUAGUGUGAGAGUUUGCGAACAGAUACGUUGAUAUAGUUUUGCUGUUGUGUUAAACACAGUUGCCUACAAUUUCAUUUCAUGAAGAAUUUUUUGGAUUCUCCGUUCAUGCAGGCACAUAAUACAAAGUUUUCUUCACGACAGGUGGUUAGUUAUUGAUACACAAAAUGGUUUUCCUGCUGGUGAAGUAUUCUUUUAAAUAGUUCUCAUUAACCUUGUCACAGAUGUAUGAGAACGGGAAAAGGCUGUUCUGGAUGAUCUAUCCGAUGAACUUCACAAAGACACGAUACGUUUUGUAACCUCGAAGACCAAAUGUUGCCUUUUUCUGUUUAUGCAAAGUUAAUUCACAACAGAACCAACAUUCACCAUCGUGCCAACAGCGCUAGUUUAGCCAAAUAAUCAUGAAAGCAGUCUUAAUGUAGGUAAACAAACAGUUUUAAAGGGCCUAGAUAGUUUUUGUUCUAGUAAAAAGGGUACAGAGCAAAGAGGUAGAUGGGUUAAUCUGUUACAGCUGAUGAUUUCAUAGAGUUUUCUGUGUGUGUUUGUCCUGAACUUCUAGAUUUUUAUUUGUGCAUCAUGGUGAUUGUCUCGUGGUGAAAUGAGUGUUUGAUCUGUCCUUAAUGCAUUUGAGUGUUUCUUUUUUUUUGUAUCUAUGUGCAUCAACAUCUGUAUGUGUGGUAAACUGUGUCGAUACUUCAGUCCUGUGUGGUUUUGUUGGACUAGUUUCGAUGCGGCUUAUAGUUGUAUUAUAGGAUGUGUUCAGUCGUUGUCUGUAGCACCAGUUAGACUGCAUUCCUCUCCUGUCCCACCUGUGGUACUAAUCUGACCAAACGCUCUGUGGCAGGAGUGCAGAUGGAGAAAAAUGGAACAAGCUGCUUUAUAACUUUACAGAAUAACGACCUCACCUCGGGGGGAAGGUGUUAUUCACACAGCUGUGCCACCAAUCAUGCUUUGAUUAUGCUCAAUAACCAAGGCGAUGUACAAACAGAGUUUUGGUGCUCCCUGGUCACAGAGGGAUUGUGUUUAUGUGGCUCUCACUGAUUGUAUAUAGAGAAAUAAAGAGUUUUGCAAAGAAA